AUGGGCUCAGCAUACGACCCGCACAAUGAGAAGAAAGACGUUAUUGAAAGUGUCCGCCCAGUCACUGCUGCCGAGUCGGACGAAGAGAGCAAUCUCGAUCAGCCGGAAUGGCAGCCGGGCUGGAAGGCAAGAUUCCCUAUACUAGGAUUUGGAGCACUGGUGAUCGUGGUACUGUGUGCAGUGGCCGACAUACUCGUCCUGCACUUCUCGGACCAAAAGUCACAAACGGACUGGCCGAAGAAGAUCGCACCUAACGUCAUCCUUUCGGGAUUGAACAGCUUGUCUAGCAUUUGCUUCAGUAUUGCAAUCGGCAACGGCAUCGCCAUCGCUUGGUGGCGACGAGCACUCAAGGGCUCCACUAUCCAGGAUCUCCAUCGAAGCUGGUCCUUCUCGACCUCGCUGAAAGAAGUGGCUGUCGCUGGCAAAUACUUCAAUGUCAUCGCGCUCGCGGCUCUUACUACCAAGCUGACUAUCAUCGACAAUGUCCUCAUGCAGCGAGCCACGACUACCUAUGUUGGCACUGACAAGCCUGUCCAUAUGAUAAUACAAGGCUCUGCCAACAUUUCCAUCCCAACCACAGGUCAGACAUCUGGACGGUCCGCUGAGCCUGGACUCAUGACUAAAGCCUUCAGUGACGAUAUCAAGGCCUGGGCUCAAUCACCGCUGUCUAUGCCCGGCUGGGGCUUUCCUGGCUGUGAAGGUUUCUGUUUUCUGGAGAUCGAUGCUGCAGGCUUCGAAUUUGACUGCUCUGAACCGACCUCAACAGCAGUCGACUAUGGCGUUCAAGUGAAAGCGGCAGUAGCGGCGCAGAGCAGCAGCACUUCCGCCAGCUCGAGUAGUGACUUCUCGUCCAACAGCACCGACAGCUCGUCCAAUGAGACUUCGACCGUCCGACGCAGACAGGACAUCACCUCCUCCAGUAGCGUUAGCAACACCUCUGCGACAGUCUUCAGCAUAAGCUUCGACAAACAGUAUUCGCCUUACGACGAGAACAUCGGAGCAAACCUCACAAUGGACAUAUCAUACACCCAAGCUAACGACGACCUGAGCGACCCCAAUAUCUGCCCGGGAACCCUUUACCAACAGUCUUGCGUCCUUCGGCCAGCCUUGAUCUCCUACCCAGCCUUCAUAACCUACGACCCGCAAUCCACCACCGACGCCGCACUGAGCCUAGGCACAACGUAUGGAAUGUGGAGCAACCCAACCCUCUCCGGCAUCCCCGUCCCCAAAUUCUCCCAGGCCCAGAAACAACAAGAAGGCUUCAGAGUCUUAAAGUACAUCCCCACAGUCGAAACACACAACACAGGCUUGCCCACGGAAUCCUACCUGGCGGGCAUCCAGCAAGGCCUGCGCAUGUAUCUUGGCGCGUCAUCCUCUUUCAGCUUCGGUGGUGCGACAGGAGAAUUUCAAAUUGAUCAGGGUGGUGCUAGUCCGCAGUACCUCAUGAACUCUCCCAUUCCGUCACAAUGUGGGUACAAGUACGCAGAUCCCAUGAGCCCCGACGAGGGCGCGAAUGUGCAGAGUGUGGUGGCUGCGAUCAACCAGAUUAUGUUUAGUUUGGCUACGGGCAUGGGGGUUUAUGCGCAGCAGCCGGCGAGUCUGUCGUUCGUGAAUGAUGGCGUGAGAGACUUCAAGGCUCUGGGGGUCAAGUUGGAGGUGCAUUAUGAGACCAAUACCGCCUACAUGAUCGGUGCGGUGGUGUCGAUCUUCGUUUGCGUAGCGCUGGUCCUGCCAGUGUACUGGGGCUACUGGCAGCUGGGCCGUAAGGUUAGUCUGGGACCGUUCGAGGUCGCUCAUGCCUUCCGCUCGCCUAUGAUGAAUGCACCAGCCGUCAACGGCACGAUUGAUGAGCUGAUGCGGGACGUCGGGCCGAGGAAAGUGCAGUUUGGACAGAUUGUGGCGGGCGAUGCCAAGGGUGUGCUUGGGGUCGCUGAGCCGGAGUAUGUUGCCAAGGUCGAGCCUACGGCGGGAAGCGUUGGAGGCUCUAGUAGGAGUGCUUAG